AUGCUAGGUUGUGGUGACGACAGCAGCGAUGAAGAGUCCGAGUCCAGCAAAGGCAGUCCGGGGGAGAAUUCCGAGGACAACGAGGAGCUGUCUGCCUGGGAAAAGGAGUUGGCUGUGAAGGCCCUCGACAAGCGCUUGCGAAAGCUAUCAUAUCUGCGCACCAACCAUGCCAUCCACAAGUACUUCCGACGCUUUGCCGGGGCGGAGGCCAGCGACGGCAGCAAAGCAAUCACUGCAGCACAGGUUGCUCAGAUGGCGCCAGAGGUGGCGCACUACCUCGGUGUGCCAGAGGCUGUGUUCAGCCAGGUAUACCAGGUUUGCCAGCGCUUCGACUUCGAUGGAAGUGGUGUGCUGAACAAGAAGCAGUGUACAGCAAUGUUCAGGACCAUCCUCAGGCAAAAAAGAAAGGAGUGGGGUGGUAGCAACCUGGCCGGUGAAGUCCCUUACAUGGGCUUGCGGGAAGCUGGCUACACGGUUGAUCGGGAGCUUGGCCGCGGCGGUCAAGGCAUUAUGUACCUCUGCACUUUCGGGGAUUCUGAGCGAUACUGUGUCAAGUUCUACAGCAAAGAGGAUAGCGACCAGGAUGACUUGGAGACGAUCAUGACAGAGUACGCCCUGAUGCGAGAACUGAGCCACAAAAACGUUGCGAAGACUUAUGAGGUGUUCCAAGACAGCAAGUUCUUCUACCUGGUGAAUGAGCCCUAUUUCGGCGGCGACUUAACAAAGCUGGCAAAGCGGGCCCAUGACCAGGGCAUUUGGAUGAGUGAAAACUGGUACAGGGACAUUUUUCGGCAGUGCUUGCAAGGUCUCGAGUUUCUCCACAGCCAGGCUGUAAUGCACUGCGACAUCAAGGAGGAGAACAUCAUGGUGAUGGCAUCUGAUCUAGAGGACCCCUUGCUUGCUUUCCAUGUAAUGCCGGGCCAGGUAGCCAUGGCUUCUGAUGGCGACUUCAUGCUGCAUGGAGUCAGGCUUUCACCUCUUCUUUUGUACCGAUUUUGGCUUGCGAUGGCUUCACAGAGCGAUGAGGACUACAGACGCUUUUGCUACGUGGCCUUGGGAAGCAACAUGGACGACCGUCUUCGGCACCUAAGCCGAGCAGUGCGCGCGCUGAAAGGGCUCAGCGACUUGCGCCUGCGAAGAACAUCGAGCUUGUAUUCCACGAAGGCGCAGUACGUAAGUGACCAAGCCGCCUUCCUGAAUGCCGUUGUAGAGCUGGAGUUGUCCGAGACCAGGCUCUCCAACAUCUCGGGCCUUCUGUCAGACUUGAAAAAUAUUGAGGAUGAGCUGGGCCGAACACCUGGGAUUCGACGAGGCCCUCGUGUUAUCGACUUGGACAUCAUAGCAGUUGGCCGUCAGAGCCUCAACAUCCAAGAGGGCAGGUACCCAUUGCAGGUUCCCCAUGCCCUCAUGCAUGAACGAGACUUCGUCCUCGUUCCUUUCAGCGACCUAUGCCCGGGCUGGCGUCACCCUAGCCUUGCUGGUGAGCCAAGCGUAGCUGACAUGCUGGAGCGCCUGAAGUCUGGGUCUGGAACAUCCCCUGAGGGUGCCAGCUUGGAUGCAUGGCCGGUGCAGAUGCUACCGGGUGCAGGUGGGCUGAGCGGCAUGAGGGAGGGUCAAUUGUGGCGGCGUGGUGAGCAAACGCUGAUAAUGGGAAUACUCAACAUCACACCCGACUCUUUUAGCGAUGGCGGAGAUCACCUGGACCCCGAGGAUGCUGUUCGCUCUGCCACCGACAUGGUCACAGCAGGAGCACACAUCCUAGACAUCGGAGGUGAGUCCACUCGUCCUGGGGCGGCCGAAGUCUCGGUGGAGGAUGAGAUUCGACGUGUAGUGCCAGUGAUUGCAGGUUGCUCGGAUCGGUUGGUGACAUGUUGCACUUCUGCUUGGUGUUGCAGCAAGGCUGCGGUAGCUUUGAAGAGUAACAUGUGCAGCUCCACCAUGGCCAAGGCAUUCGAAAAGCAGGCCUGGAGACAACCAUCAGCAUUGACACGUGCCGUGGUUCGCAUGUUCUUUAUGUUGAUGCGCAAGGCUCCGGUGGCCAAAGCCGCCAUAGAGGCAGGCGCCGAUUGGAUAAACGACGUUUCUGCCGGAGAGUUCGAUUCUGAGAUGUUCACCGUGGCUGCAGACCUCCUGGCACCCAUUGUCCUUAUGCACAUGAAAGGCACGCCAGCCACUAUGAACACACUGGCCUCCUACUCAGAUGUCAUUACAGAGGUCACCGACCAUCUUGUAGAACGUCGUAAGGCAGCUGAAGCCGCAGGAGUACCAAGCUGGAACAUCAUCCUAGAUCCUGGCAUCGGCUUUGCCAAGAAUUUGGAGCAUAACCUUUCUUUGCUCCAAGAAUGUACGCGCUUAGUGGCACAUGUGCAGCCCUCACCCGUCCUUAUUGGUGCGUCCCGGAAGCGCUUCCUGGGGACCAUCCUAGAUGAGCCUGACGCCAAGAAGCGCACCUUCGGCAAUGCUGCUGUCACGGCCAUCGCCAUUGCGGGUGAGGCGGACGUGGUGCGCGUCCACGAGGUGAGAGAGAUGGCCCAAGUCUCUCGCGUUUGUGGUGACAUUUUCAGUAUGGGUAUCACCAUCUUCCAGAUCAUGAUCGGCCAGGUGCCCAAUGGCGACGUUUUGGGCAUCCUUCAAACGGAAGGUGAACGAGAGGAGGACAAGGCUGCUGGACUAGCUUUGCAGCUUCCUUGGAAUCGACUCCCCCGACGCAUGCCGGAGCUGCAGCAGCUCUUGGCUUGCAUGGUGCAUAGGGACAUGACUCAAAGACCCAGCGCAACAGCUGUCAUGAAGCACGCUUGGUUUACAUCGGAAAGUGAUGAGAGCCUUCCUGCCGAGACCAUCGCAGCCCUUCUAGGAAGCUCUGCGGCCGAAAGUUUGCGUGAGCAGGUGGUGUAUGAGCUGGCCUUCAAGAACAACUUGAAGGAGCUUCGAGGCUUGCAUGCGGAGCUCCAGGAGAUGGACCGCGGCCAACGGGGCAAAGUACCCAAGGAGCUUGCGCUCAAAAAGCUCACGAGACACAACGUGAAAGCAGGCUGCGCGCACGCCUUUGCCGAACGGACGGCAGAUGGAUUUGGCGAGGUUGAGUACCUGUCCGUGGCCAAGGAGGUUCUCAAAGUUAAAGAGCACUACACUGUGCAGUUUCUUCAGGACUUGUUCCAGGAGCUGGACACAGAGGGCAAGGGGCAGCUUUCAAAAGAUCAGGUUCGACAAUUGCUGACAAGCGGUGCAGUCGAGUGUGAUGCAGAUGAUGCCGAGGACUUGUUAGAAGAAGUGGCGUUUGAUGAUGAGGGCUUUGUUUCCUUCGGCACCUUCAGAGAUACCAUGCUGGCGGACGGCCGCAUCGCUCGACGAUCACGUAUGGAGCAAGAUGUAGCACCUGAAUGCCCCCUUUGUGUGACCAUGUGA